AUCAAGACAACGGCCUGGAUGUUCGACGCUUGGUAGGGCAAAGGAGAGAAUUACAGAAGAAUUUUGGUUUCCUCAACCACAAAUUCGAAGCUCUGCGCUCUAAUUUAUGGAGCUAUUGAACAAUCGAUGUAAAUCUCUCGUUUUUCAACAUUCCAAAAUUCUGCAGGGUCGCAUACGCUUCUGAUUGUACAUUUUCUAGCCGUAAUUUUAGUUGAAUACACCCCUCAUCAUUCUUCACAGCUUCAUUUGGAAAUAUUUCGGUUGCGGCAGCUUUGUUGGAUUUGUGCUGCGUGUGUAUUGAUUCCAAUGGAGAACGAACCCGAAUCUGCUUCGGGACUUGCUUGGCGUUUGACCAUCGAGGCCCUUGCAAGUUUCAACCAAGUGAAACCUUCUCUUUUACAUGAUGUAAUUGAGAAGGCUUCAGAAUUAUCUGAUGAUGCAAGAAAGAACGCCGGGGAAAUGGUUGCUUUGAGAUGCUUGGAGGGUUUGUUUGGUUCUUUGAAUGAUGUUAGAGAAGAUAGUCCUCCUGCCCAUCAGUCAAAAGUUACGUUUGAUUCAUCCGAGAGCUGUGAAUACGUUGUUAAACGCAUAUAUAAGGAGACUCCAAAAUCUGCCUUAAGAGUGGCUGGACCAGAAAUGUUAAAAUGGGAUGUUAGUCCCUUUAUCGCACAAAAAAGGGCAUCCAUGCGUUCUACAUUGCAUCAGCUGAAAGAUACAAUUCUUGAUGGUACACAUCCAUAUGUUGAUUUCUUAAAGCCUAAGAGUGGGUUGGUGCCUGUAAAUAAGAGGGAUGGCAUUGCUUUGAAUAAUGAUGAUCGUACUGAGCUCAGCAGGAGACUUGAUAGUAGCUCCCCUGAUUCUCAAGGUCAAAAAGAAAAAGGCAAAGGAAGUCCUCUACUUCUGGAGGAUGAAAGAAGACCACCGGUGGCAGACCCAUCUAGUUCUAGUUUGUUAACUUCUGAAAGGAGUAGAGCUGAUCAUGCAUCUGAAGAUGAGGCCAGCCAGUUACCUGGUUGUGAUGAUGGCUUCGUGAAUGUUAAAAAGCCGCAGGAGAGUGGGUUGGCAUCUGAAAAUAAUGAAAAUAGUGGGGAUAACACUUCUUGGAAUAGUGAUGAUCAUAUCGAGCUCAACAGGAGACUUGAUAGUAGCUCCUCUGAUCCUCAAGGUCGAAAGGAAAAAAUCAGUAAAAGCCUUCCAUUUCUUGAGGAUGAAAGAAGACCAUCAGUGGCAGAACCAUCUAGUUCUAGUUUGUUACCUUCUAAAAGGAGUAGAGUUGAUCAUGCAUCUGAAGAUGAGGCAAGCCAGUUCCCUGGUUGUGAUGAUGGCUUUAUGAAUGUUAAAAAGCUGCAGAAGAGUGGGUUGGCAUCUGAAAAUAAUGAAAAUAAUGGGGAUAACACUUCUUGGAAUAGUGAUGAUCAUAUCGAGCUCAACAGGAGACUUGAUAGUAGCUCCUCUGAUCCUCAAGGUCGAAAGGAAAAAAUCAGUAAAAGCCCUCUACUUCUUGAGGAUGAAAGAAGACCAUCAGUGGCAGAUCCAUCUAGUUCUAGUUUGUUACCUUCUAAAAGAAGUAGAGUUUACCAUGCAUCUGAAGAUGAGGCAAGCCAGUUACCUGGUUGUGACGAUGACUUUAUGAAUGUUAAAAAGCUGCAAAAGAGUGGGUUGGCAUUCGAAACUAGUGAAAAUAAUAGGGAUAGGAUUUCUCUGAACAAUGAUGAUCAUAUUGAGGUCAGCAGGAGACUUGAUAGUAGCUCCUCUAAUCCUCAAGGUCGAAAAGAAAAAAUCAACGGAAGCCCUCUACUUCUUGAGGAUAAAAGAAGACCAUCAGGGGCAGACCCAUCUAGUUCUAGUUUGUUACGUUCUCAAAAGAGUAGAGUUGACCAUGCAUCUGAAGAUGAGGCCAGCCAGUUACCUGGUUGUGAUGAUGGCUAUUUGAAUUUGAAUAAGCUUAACCAGCAUUCUGCACGUACUUUGUAUUCGGGGCAGGAAGUGGCUUCUUCACAUGGAACAGAGUUGUUAGAAGAUUCAACUGAAAGAGUAGUGCCACAAAACGAGGGAGAUGAUAAUCCCUUGGAUGAAUGUACAAUGACUUUGGUGGUGGAGGACAAACUUGCAGACGAGGAGCAUUUUGGGCCUAAGAGGUCUGAACCGUGUACUGCUACUGAUGAAUUGCAUCAGGCCGAAUCAGGUAUUCCUUGUCAUACUAUGCCAGCUCGCGUACAAGAUGAUGAGAUGCAUGAAAUUAUUAGUGUCGAGAAAGUGAACGAUAGAAGUGUUCUGCCUUCUGAACCAAAAGCAUCUAAUAGUUCUUGUGCUGAAGGAAACAUGCAUAACAACAGAAUUGAUGAUUCCAAGUGUGACUCUGGCCAUGAUAAUCAUGUAAAUGCAAUUAAUACUAUGUCUCAUAGUGAAUUUUGGCCGGAGACUGUUGCUACUGAUAUUGAUGUUGGCAUGAAUCCCGAUGAGGAAGAGAAAGAUAUGUUAAGUGAUAGUGAUGGACAUCUUAAUGAUACGAUAGAUAUUGCCAUGAAAAAAAAUGAAUUCUUUAGUUCUCAAUGUGUGGUCGAUCAUGAUUCCUUUCCAUUAGCUGACAGGAAAGAACUAACUGUUUGUGUAAAAUGCAAUGAAGGCGGUCAGUUGUUGUCCUGUAAUAUUAGUGAUUGUUCCUUAGUGGUUCACGACAAGUGCUUGGGUUUUUCAGCUAGGAUGAAUGAUGAAGGUGAUUUUUGUUGUCCCUUCUGCUUCUAUUCACUUGCUAUAUCAGAAUACCUUGAAGCUAAGGAGAAUGCUGCAUUGGCGAAGAAAAAUGUUGCUACUUUUAUUCGUAUUGGUUUGGAACAUCAGUCUAUAUUUAUUAAAGAGGUAUUGCAACGAAAAGAUCUUGGCCCUUCACGAAAAGCUGGAGUUGAGGAUGUUGCUAAAAUUUGUGAAGAUGUGAACUUGGAAAAUAAGGACAAUCAAGUAACUCUAGAUGGAGAACAUGUAAAUGAAGUUAUUGACCAUCAAUCUCCAAAAGGUACAGAUAUUGAGCGAACAGCGAAGCUUUCUAAACCAUUACAGAUUUCCAAUUCCAAUCAUAGAGAGAAUGAAGCAAAUCCUUUGAGAGUGGCACCUGACGUUUUAGCGGGAGAGAAAGAUGGCGAUGAAUUGGUGGACCAAGAGUGUGAAGGCAAUACAGUAGAAGAAUUUGUGGACCAAGAGUGUGAAGGCAAUACAGUAAAAGAAUUGGUGGACCAAGAGUGUCAAGGCAAUACAGUAGAAGAAUUGGUGGACCAAGAGUGGCAAGGCAAUACAGUAGAAGAAUUGGUGGACCAAGAGUGUCAAGGCAAUGUAGCAGAAUUGGAAGAUGGUCUAAAAGCCACAGAGCAAUAUGACAUUUAUGAAUUUAUCCACGAAGAUCAAGGGCCAGUUGAAGCAGUGACCAAGCAAGAAGGUUUACGGUACCAAACUGAUGACAACGACGAGGAACCUGUUUAUGCAAUUAACAUUGAAGGAGAAAAAUCUUCUGAUGAUGAGAAUGAUGAGUCUAUCAUUUCUAGAUACUCCAUCAGAUUUCGACAGGAAUAUCAUCGUACAUGUCCGGAGACUCCUCAAUCAAGACGGAAGAAACUACCUUGGACAGCUGAGGAGGAGGAGACACUAAGGGAGGGAGUUCGAAAAUUCUCUAGUUCUGUUGAUAGAAGUCCAACCAUACCUUGGAAAAAGAUUUUGGAGUUUGGUAGUACUGUAUUUCUGAAGGGUCGUACAUCAAUAGAUCUUAAAGAUAAAUGGAGGAACUUGUGUAGAAGUCCAAAGUUUAAAUGAAAGAAAUACUGUCAUUCCGGUCAGUUUUCCAUAAUUAUUUACAGUUUUAUAUUGUUGAUGAGAUCUGCUCUGGAAGCAAAUCAAAAAGUGUUUCUUUAUAACCAAAUAUAAUUCUCGACUCGUACACAUUACAUGAAAAGAAAUAAUAUAUAUAUAUAUAACAAACAAAAGUAGGAUGGAUUAAGAAGCUGGAAUAUAUACUUUUUUUAGUAAUUAAGAAGCCUCAAUCACUGUUCAUUUCCUUUUAAUUAUGAACCCAGCCUUAAUUUUAUUUUGAAGCCUGAUUGUAGCUGCACAAGAAGUCCUUGAUGCCAUGGAAUUCCAAUUUCUGUAAUCAUAUUUGCAUCUGUAAGUCCUAAUUUAAGUCUACUAGUUUUUUCUA